UAUCUUACUUGCUUUGACAAUGGCUUCGAGAAUAAGACGCUUUCUUUACAAUUUAAGAAGAAUGCUGUUAAGGAUUUAUAGAUAUUGUCUACGAUAUAUCCAUAAAUGGAAAUUUGUAAAACCGAAUAAAAUAAUAAAUACUAAAGAUAUGCAACAACACGAUCUAUCAUCACAGCCUACAACUGGAAAUCAUGAACAGAUAAGAAUCUUAACUGUGAAUAAUGGGGAACAUCUGGAUGGGAUAUUAUACAGAUUGAAGAAAGGAUGGAAAAUUGAAUUUAGACUUGGGGCUUCCCUUCUUGGAAAAAAACUUGAUAUUUUUAUAAAUCAUCCAUUAUCGAGUGACAAAAAAUUUGAAAGGCAUACUUACUAUCAAUUGCAAUGGGUUGAUGAAUCAGCGAGUAUAUAUUUAACCUUGCCAGGAUCAUUCCACUACUAUGUCAGUGAUCAAGUUGAGGGGCAUAUUAAACCUGUUGCAUCUGGGUAUCUGCUGGUGGAUCCUGAAUUGAAAAUAGAUGAACAUGGAAAAAAACUACCAUUGGAUUGCAUUCAAGUUCAAACAGUUUUGGCAAAGUGUUUAGGGCCUUUUUCUACAUGGGAAGAUAAAUUAUUAGUAACGCGAAAUUCUGGAUAUAAUAUGAUUCAUUUUACACCAAUACAGGAAUUGGGAAAUUCUAAAUCAUCGUAUAGUUUGAAGAAUCAAAUGAAACUUAAUCCUGUUUUUAAUGAAGACAAUCAGAUAAUUACUUAUCAUGAUAUCGAGCAAUUUGUAAACAAAAUGCGAACUGAAUGGAAGGUAUUAAGCAUAUGUGAUAUUGUUCUGAAUCAUACUGCAAACGAGAGUCCGUUUCUAGUUUCUCAUCCAGAAUGCACAUACAACUGCAUUAAUAGUCCUCAUUUACGUCCGGCAUAUAUUUUGGAUGCAACGUUAUUUGAAUUAACAAUACAAGUGGCUGAUGGAGAAUGGGAAUUUAAAGGUAUUCCUACCGUGGUCGAGACUGAAGAUCAUUUGAAUGCGAUUCGUCAUGCUCUUCACACAUAUUUCUUGCCGCUUGCAAAGAUAUACGAGAUGUACAUCGUCGAUAUCAAUGAAAUUAUAAUGGAAUUCUUGAACUUGGCGCGCAAUGAAAUGCCACAAGAUGUGAAUAAUACAAAUGCUGAAAACAUUUCAAUAAUUCAAGAUCCCAGUUUUCGCAGAUUGAAAUCAACUAUAAACAUGCAACUUGCUUUGAAAAAAUAUAAUACAUACAGAGCUGAUUGUUUUGACGAGGAGACUCGUUUGAAACGGUGCGCAGAAGACUUGAAGAAUAAAUUACAAGAACUCAAUGAAGCUAUUAGCAACAAUGUACAAAAUCAUUUAAAUGCUGCUGUUGAAAAUACUAUUGCUGGUAUAAGAUACUUCAGAGUACAAUGUGAUGGGCCAAAAAUUAAGGAAAUUAGCGUAAAGAAGCCUCUUGUUCCUAGAUACUUCACUGAUUACGGAGCACCUGCAUCUUUGGUAGAAAGAGAAAAUAUAAUGUAUUCAGAUAAUGGAUGUUAUCUUAUGGCUCACAAUGGUUGGGUCAUGAAUAGCGACCCUUUGAAGAACUUUGCAGAAUCUGAUUCUAAUGUGUACAUUCGAAGAGAACUUAUUGCUUGGGGAGAUAGUGUGAAACUUAGAUAUGGGGAGAAACCAGAGGACUGUCCAUUCUUGUGGCAGCAUAUGACGGCUUACGUAGAACAAACAGCGCAGAUAUUCGAUGGUGUUCGAUUGGACAAUUGUCAUUCCACACCAAUCCCCAUUGCUGAAUAUAUGCUUGAUGCUGCACGACGAAUCCGUCCAAAUCUCUAUGUUGUCGCGGAAUUGUUCACCAAUUCUGAUCAAAAAGACAACAUCUUUGUAAAUCGUCUUGGUAUUACUUCUUUAAUUAGAGAAGCUAUGUCAGCAUGGGAUAGCCACGAAGAAGGAAGAUUGGUAUAUCGUUAUGGAGGAGAACCAGUUGGAGCAUUUCUGCAGUCACGAAAACGGCCGUUGGUGCCAAGUAUAGCACACGCUCUGUUCCUGGAUGUAACGCACGAUAACCCAAAUCCAGUGGAGAAACGAAGUGCUUUUGAUUUACUUCCAAGCGCUGCGCUUGUAUCAAUGGCAUGCUGUGCCAGUGGCAGUAAUCGCGGUUACGAUGAAUUAGUGCCCCAUCACAUACAUGUAGUAGACGAAGAAAGACAAUACACAAGCUGGCUGGAUAAUGAUGAUCUGAUGAAUAAUACUAAAUUUAUUAAUUCAAAAACCGGCAUAAUUGCAGCCAAAAAAGCAUUAAACGAUCUACAUUAUAUGCUCGGCCAAGAAAAAUUUUCACAGGUUUUUGUAGAUCAAAUGGACACUGAUAUAGUAGCUGUAACAAGACAUUCGCCGACUAGUCACGAAAGUGUAGUUCUGGUUGCAUUCACAGCAUUUAAGCAUCCCGAUUCAAACGCUCAUGACUUGAGAAGACACGUAAGACCGUUGAUAGUAGAGGGUAUAGUGGAAGAAAUUAUUUUGGAAGCAUCACUGUCGCAUGUAGAUACCAAAAAUGGGAAAUCACCUUUCUCUUCAUCAGAAAAAUAUACGAAAAAUGAAAAUUUCAUAAAUGGAUUAUCCGAAUAUAUCUUAACCAUUAAACAGCACAUACAAUGUUGCGACUCUACAAUAAUCGAGAAGGUCGAUUCCGGCGAUCCUAAGAACACUCAACUCAAUUUCGUAAACUUCCAACCUGGUUCUGUUAUAGCUAUACGAGUGGCGCUCCACGCAAAUAUAAAACCUGCUUUAAUAAAGCUUCAAAAUAUUAUUUCACAGAUUAUUUCAAACGAGAAAUCUGAAUUACAUAAUAUAAUCUCUCAUAUGGAUUUCUCAGAUUUGAAUAAAAUUUUAUAUAGAUCCGAUCAGGAGGAACGAGAAGAAACGUGUGGUAAAUUUGGGGUAUACAAUAUACCGGGAUAUGGAUCUUUGGUAUAUGCUGGAUUGCAAGGCAUUAUAUCCUUACUGGCUGAUAUUCGUCCGAAUAAUGAUCUAGGACAUCCUUUAUGCGCAAAUCUUAGACAGGGUAAUUGGUUGAUAGAUUACAUGUGGCAACGUCUGAAAGAAGAUGAUGAUACUAAGCCUCUUGGCAUAUGGCUUGAACAAACGAUGGAACCAUUCAAAUUAAUUCCGAGAUACUUGGUGCCGAGUUAUUUUGAUGUUAUAAUCGUCAAUGUUUAUAUAAAUCUUUUAGAUCACUGCUACAAUCUAAUGUCAGACUUCAUAAAGAAUGGGAACACAUUCAUUAAGUUAUUAAGUUUGGUCUCGAUACAAAUGGGCGGUGUAAUAAGAUCAUCACAAUUGCCAGAGUUAUCGCCGAAUCUCAAAGAGCCUAAGCCGAAAACUAAAGUCUACGACGGAGAAACUAAGCAGAUAUGUUUAACAUUGUCAGCGGGCUUCCCACAUUUCACAACAGGCUACAUGAGAAAUUGGGGUAGAGAUACCUUCAUUGCUUUGAGAGGAUUGUUACUUCUAACAGGCAGGCAUGUCGAAGCGAGAUUUAUAAUUCUCGGAUUUGCUGGAACUUUGCGACAUGGUCUAAUACCAAAUUUACUCGAUAAAGGAAGCAAUGCAAGAUACAAUUGUCGUGACGCAAUAUGGUGGUGGCUCUAUACCAUAAAAUGUUACACUGAAGAAGUUCCAGAUGGUUUGAAUAUCUUAUCCGACAAAGUAUCGAGAUUAUACCCGACUGAUGAUUCGCCAGCUUUACCUGCGGGACAGCAUGAUCAACCAUUAUGUGAAGUAAUCCAGGAAGCUCUCACGAUACACUUUCAAGGUCUUUGCUUUCGAGAAAGAAACGCUGGCAGACAAAUCGACGAGCAAAUGACGGAUCGCGGGUUCAAUAAUCAAAUCGGAGUUCAUCCUGACACAGGUUUUGUUUUUGGCGGCAAUGACGCCAAUUGCGGCACCUGGAUGGACAAGAUGGGAUCUUCCGAAAAAGCCGGUAACAAAGGCAAGCCGGCCACUCCUAGAGACGGUUCUGCUGUGGAGUUGGUCGGAUUGAGCAAGUGCGUCCUCACUUUUCUGGCAGAAUUAUAUAAGCAAAAUCUUUUCCCGUAUGGCAGCGUUCAACGUAAAAGUCGCGACGGAAAAAUAAUUACCUGGAGUUAUAAGCAAUGGGCCGAUAAAAUUCAAGCAAAUUUCGAAAAAUACUUUUAUGUGAAUGAGAUUCCGACACAGGAUGAAUUGAGACCCGAUUUGAUUCAUCGACGAGGUAUAGUCAAGGAUAGUUAUGGAGCGACACAAGAAUGGGCGGAUUAUCAAUUGCGACCCAAUUUUCCUGUCACUAUGAUUGUCGCUCCAGAAUUGUUUAAUCCUCAUCAUGCUUGGACUGCACUAAAGAAAGCGGAAGAAAUACUAUUAGGUCCAUUGGGAAUGAAGACUUUGGAUCCUGCGGAUUGGGCAUACAAUGGUUAUUAUGAUAACUCCAAUGAUAGUACGGAUAUUAAAGUAGCGCAAGGAUGGAAUUAUCAUCAGGGACCUGAAUGGCUCUGGCCGAUAGGAUAUUUUCUGCGAGCACGUUUGCAUUUUGCAUCUUUAAUCGGAAAGGACGAAUUACGGCGUACAAUUGAGUCGACUGAAGCUAUCAUUUCACGACAUUUUAUUGAAGCGUCUACUAAUCAUUGGAGAGGCCUGCCCGAACUUACCAACAAGGAUGGAAGUUAUUGUAAGGAUAGCUGUCGCACUCAAGCAUGGAGUGCCUCAGCUAUAAUAGAGGUUCUCUAUGACCUGCAAAAGAUCAAACGGGAAUUAGGAUCUGAGCAAAUGAGAUCUGGGAACUGAUAUCAUUUUGCGUGUGUUCACCACCGCCAAUUACACUUAGAGCAAUUAAAACUAGAAAAAUUAAAAUAUAAUAGCACUUUGAGCAAAGAGGAUGACACAAACGUACGCUUUCCCACCAGAGCAAUAGCGACACCGCGCACAUUGGAAACACACGCAUACCGUCUCGAUACGCACAUAGACGUAAGAGAUACACAAACUGUAGCCACUGCUGACAUUAUAUCUGCAAGAAAUGAUACUGCCGUAACUGAAGACAGAUCGAUUGAUAGAAAACGCGAUGACAUACAUGUUGGUAACCCGAUAUACAAUUUCUUUCAUUGCAUGAACAGCAAUUUGACAGAGAUUUCAGCAGAUGCAAGAAACGAAAUAUGUUCCGAGAGUGAAUGGAAAGCAAAGAAUUACAAUCAACAAUACGCAACGAUGGGAAAUGAUGAUGGAAAGAAUGAAGCUGGAACGAAUGUUGGAGCUUCGUCGAAUGUUUAUGAAGAAAUUAGAGCGAUUAAAGAACCAUAUAGUAAUUUACACAAAUAUGACAUUCAGGAUUGCUAUGAGAAGUAUAAUCCCAGCACAACGAAAGCUUUCAUAGAUACAUUAUUCCUUCCGCGGAAUAAAAUUUGCAAGGAAUGCGCGAGAAUAAAAUACAGUCCGGUGUACACUGAUCGUUUAAUAUACAUAAAGGAAUCAUUAUUCGCCAUAGAGGUGGUUCUGUGUCAACGCGAUGACGUCUCGUGCUUCGCAUAUCGCGACUCGCAAAAGGAUCUAUCCGA